AAAUUGCGAGUCAAGAGGGAAAUGGCAAGGAGCAGAGCACGACCACCGACUCCCAAUCAUAUUUAUCUCAAGUGUGUGUGGCACGGUGGAAAACUGCAAUGAUUAACGUCAUUAGAAUAAGCAGGGUGGUUAUCGGCACACCAAAUAAAAAGGCCUCCCUCCCACUCUCUCAGCCUUUGUGCGUCGAAUCAGCUUUUCGCAUGCCACUGUUCUGCCCCCCCAUUCCUUAAGCCUCUUCAACGUGCAAACAGGUGGUUUUGGCUGAGCGCUUAUUUGUUGGGCUAUAUGAGCAUUCUACUCACCAGAGGCGGUAACGCGGCUCUUCUCCCUUACCUCCCUCGGUUGGCUUCGGUGCGUCGCAAUCUCACCACCGUUACCGUUUCAGCGGCGGCACCACCUCAGAACCGCCGCCACCAACUGGAUAUGUGCCGGGGAAGAUUAACACCCGAACGCUAUUGUGUCGAAGGUAAUGGUGAUGAGUGGAAGGAGAGCGUCGUGGUGGUCAUGGGCGCCACCGGGACGGGGAAGUCGAAGCUGUCCAUCGACCUGGCCACCAUGUUCGCCGGGGAGGUGGUGAACUCCGAUAAGAUUCAGGUGUACCGGGGGCUCGACAUCACCACCAACAAGAUGCCCGUCCCGGAGCGCUGCGGCGUGCCGCACCAUAUCUUGGGGGAGCUCGACCCUGCGGUGAGCGAGCUCCGGCCGGAGGCGUUCCGCGAGAUGGCGGCGGGCGCCAUCGCCGGGAUUGCUGGACGCGGCCUGCUUCCGGUGCUUGCCGGUGGGUCCAACUCCUUCAUACACGCCGCCAUGACCACCAGGUACGACCCUGUGCGGAGCCCGUUCGCGGCGGGCUCGCGGUUGCUGACGAGGAGGGAGGCGCCAGCGCUGAGGUACCGGUGCUGCUUCCUGUCGGUGGACGUGAACGCGGCGGUGCUGGCGGAGCAGCUCGACCGACGGGUGGAGGAGAUGGUGGCGGCGGGAAUGGUGGAGGAGCUGGGGCGGUACUUCGCUGCGGAGGCGGAGGCGGGGGAGUCGAGGCACCCUGGGCUGGGGAAGGCGAUCGGGGUGGCGGAGUUCCGGGAGUACUUCAGGGGGGAGGGGCGGGGAACUGCGGCUGCGUACGAGGCGGCGGUGGCGGCCAUCAAGGCGAACACUAGGCAGCUAGCGGAGGAGCAAGUACGGAAGAUCGAGCGGCUGGUGGAGAUGGGGUGGCCGCUGCGGAGGGUGGAUGCCACCACGGCCGUGGCGGCGCGGCUUGCUGGGGAGGCGGCGGAGGCAGAGGCCGCGUGGGAGAGGGACGUGGCGGGGCCGAGUGCCACGGCGGUGGAACAGUUCCUAGGCGAGGAGGUCCACGUCCAUCAUCAUCACAACAUCGUGUCUCCUCCUCUGCUUUACACUUAGUCGAGCUUUUGGUCGCGAACUGCUUCCUUUUACCCCUUCCCCUUCCUCCGUUCAGAAUAGUAAAAAGGAAACAAACAGAGCAGACAAAAAGAGAAGGAAAGAAAAUGUUGUUUUUUUUUUUUGUAAUUUUGAAUUUUAUUUUUAUUGGCCACAGAAAGAGCGAAAAGAGAAACGAAAAAGGGUGAUUUAUUGUGGGGUUGAGGGGGAAAUGGAGGGUCAAGCGACCGAAGUCGGCGGAUUUGGGCGUGUCAAAUUGCCUCUUUGUUCAGAACAGAACAGAACAGAGCAGUGGAGGAAAACAACGAAAGAGGUGAACAUGGCGACUGCAGACGCCUCCAUUUACGUCUUCAUCCCUUUCCUAUUUGUUAACCUUAGUGAAUGGAAGCCUGUGAGGCUCUUCCCGAUCGUGCUUUCAGAGUUGAUAGUGAGAGAGAGAGAGAGAGAGAGAGAGCUAAACAUGUGAAAACAACAUAAUUGUACAGUGUUCUGCCACAGAAUCAUUUAAACAGCGCCAGUGUUGCUCAUCUUCUUCCCCACUGAUCCCAUUCUCAUUCCCGACCCCCAAGCUUGACAUGGUGUGGCGGUUGUUGAGGAAGGACGCAUUUACAAAUGAUGCGUGUAGCCCAUAGCCGACCGAGUCUCUAGAGUGGUAAUGGCAGCGGAAGCAUCAUGAAGCAUACGGAACUAAGUACAGCGGUGGGCUCAUCCCAUAUGAUGAUGAUGCUGCACCGAAGGGGAUGCAAGGUACCUGUGCUUACGAGGAGGAUAAAGGACUGUGAGCUGAUGAUGAUGAGGAGGUCGCGUCGCCAAAGUGUUCGACGAAAGGCCGUCCCAUCAAUGGUUCGACCGACGCCGAUGGGACAAGACCUCCGCGUCCCACUUGGCUUUGCCCAGGGAUUGAGAAGGGUCGGACUCGGUUCGUGAUCUACAGCUCACAGACCAUCACACAUAGGACCGUGCACUGUGGAUGUGUCCACGUCUGCGUUGUAGAUGGGCGGCCGCAUGGAUUCCCGAAUCGUAUGUUGCACCAUCGUCUCAUUAGCUACAUGUGUAUAAUAUAUAAAUACUGAUAACUACCAUCUCACUCUAUUAUGGAACUCAUUCUGCCUAGUUUAAUAAGAUCAAUUUGUACGACAAAAUCAAACUCCACCAAACACCAACGGACCAUGAUUUUGGCGUUGGGUGAAUCCAUUAGAAAAAAUUGGAGUCUGCAUGACAUAGUUGAGGUUGGAGAACAGACAUGGAGUUGGGAUCCGAUACAUGUACUAGGUCAAGAGUAGUGAGACGGAAGCAUGUCUCCGUUUGGUGCGCCAUGUGGGUUUGGAAUCAUCUCUAAAUAAUUAAUGUGGUCUAUUGCACCGGAAGAUCUGGUUUUGGUUGAGACUGUUGCUUGCACUACGUUGGAGUUCCUUGGUGGCAUUGCCUACUAAAUUUUGUAUCCAAGAAUCCGUAGGAGAUAUCCUCCGCAUUCCCAUUCAUGUCAAUAGAUAUCGUUGCCCCCUAUUCCAACCACUAGAAGCUAAGUCUCAAAAUAAUGUAGAGAAUAUAUCGUUGUAGGUCGUUAAACGAUUUGGAAAUCUCCUCUUGAUUCUUUUCGUUCUCGAUACCAUCUCAUUGCUCCCUCCCUGUUCACACUUGUAGAAGCAAGCUGAACCAUGUGAAUGUAAGGAGACCGUUGAAUAGAAGAAGGUGCAGAG